AUGGCACCACCAGUUCUGACCAAGGCCACCUUCCAGAUCCAGAAUGGACCCUCGUAUGAUGGUUACUCCUUCGGAGCCAAGGCAUCCGUUGCGGGCGAAACUGUGUUCACCACCUCGCUGGUGGGCUACCCUGAAUCCAUGACAGACCCCUCGUACAAGGGCCAGAUCCUGGUUUUCACGCAGCCACUAAUCGGCAAUUACGGCGUGCCCUCUGGCGAGGCGCGCGACGAGUUCAACUUGCUCAAGUACUUCGAAAGCCCCCACGCUCAUGUGGUCGGCAUUGUUGUGGCCGAGUAUGCGUGGAGAUACUCGCACUGGACUGCCGUGCAGUCCUUGGCUGAAUGGUGCGAGAAAGAGGGCGUUGCUGCUAUCACGGGCGUCGACACUCGUAGCGUGGUGCAGUACUUGAGGGAGCAGGGCUCGUCUCUGGGCCGCAUCGUCGUGGGUGACGAAGCCGCUCCGGAGUACGUUGACACCAUGAAGAGCCACCUGGUCGCGCAAGUUUCCACCAGGGAGCCUUACCACAUCUCCAACGCUAACGCCACCGCCAACCUCGCUCUGAUCGACUGCGGUGUCAAGGAGAACAUCGUCAGAUGUCUUGCGUCCAGAGGCGCCAACGUCACCGUAUUACCCCACGACUACAAGAUCCAGGACGUCGCCGAUCAGUUUGACGGUAUCUUCAUCUCAAAUGGUCCAGGCAACCCCACCUCGUGCGGCCAGACCGUCGAGAACAUCAAGGUCCUUUUGGAAGACCCUAAGUUUGCUCACCUCCCCAUCUUUGGUAUUUGCUUGGGUCAUCAGCUGUUGGCCUUGGCUGCCGGCGCUCGCUCUGUCAAAAUGAAGUACGGUAACAGGGCCCACAACAUCCCUGCUCUCGACCUAACAACAGGCCAGUGCCACAUCACUUCUCAGAACCACGGCUACGCCAUCGAUGCCGAGUCUCUUCCAAAGAACGUGUUCAAGCCAUUCUUCGUGAACCUCAACGAUGGCUCUAACGAGGGCAUGAUCCACUGCACCAGACCUGUAUUCUCCACCCAGUUCCACCCAGAGGCCAAGGGAGGUCCAAUGGAUACCGCGGUAUUGUUUGACAAGUACUUCGAGAACAUUGCCCAGUACCAAAAGACCAGAGACAGCAGCGCGAAGACUGCGGUGAAGUUCAACAUCCCAGUUCAAACUAUGGCUAGUCAAAGAGUCUUAUGA